AUGGCUCCGUCUUCCUCCUACUCGAACCCACCGUGCGGCGCCUGCAAAUUCCUGCGGCGCAAGUGCCUCCCGAGCUGCGUCUUCGCGCCCUACUUUCCCCCCGAGGACCCCACAAAGUUCAUCAACGUCCACAGAAUCUUCGGUGCCAGCAACGUCAUCAAGCUGCUCAACGAGAUCCCGCUACAUCAUCGCGAUGAUGCCGUCAACUCCCUCGCCUACGAAGCUGAGGCCCGACUCAAGGACCCCAUAUACGGCUGCGUGGGUGCCAUCUCAGCCCUACAGCGCCAACUCAUCGCCCUCCAGAGGGAGCUCGAUGCUAUAAAUGCCGACAUCAUACGCUUCAGCAACAACGAUGUUGUGGGCCCGUAUGGUGCGUUCGGGCGGCGGGCGAAUCCUGGGUCGGGUUAUUAUGACCCGUGUAAUGGGUUCCUUUGGCCGUACACGAAUUGGGGGUGGAAUGCGAUGGUUAAUGACGGGUCGAACAAGGCAUCCGACAACGACCGGGCAGGUGACAAUGGCUGGAGCUAG